UAAUAAUCAAGAUGGUAACUUAUAACAAUUAUAUACGAUAGCAACCAAUCAAUGAUAUUAAUGUUGAUGAAGUAUUAAGAGGAUUAUCGUCUGUAGAAGGAGCCAAUGGUUAUGUAAUAUUUAAUUCAGACUGUAAUUAGAGAAGAGUUAUAUUAUUUAGGUAUUCCACUGAAAAGAUCAGAAAAAAAUAUCACCUACGAAAAAGCAGUUCAUAUGUCUGCCUUAGUUGCUGAUUUAUGGAAUGUCACUAAGAAAUGCAUCCAAAGGGAAUUGCGAAGUGCUGAUGUAUUAAUUAUUGACAUCAAUUAGAAUGAUCUUGAGAUAAUUAGAAUUAGGACAAAGGCUCAAUCUGAAUAUAUUAUUUCUUAAUGUAAUUUUGAUACGUAUGAAACACUAAGAGGGGGAUUAUACUAUGAUAGGGAUACAGUUAUGUGGGAAAGCAAUUGAGGAAGCUAAAUAAGCAGCAGCUGCUGAGGCUCAGGCUGCAGCUGAAGCAGAAAAGGCAAAAAAGGGAGAUAAGGAACAAAGUUGAUUUCAGC